CGACCAUGACGGGGCAGCUGAAUAGCUACGCAUACCGAGGCAAAGGACAGCCAACAGGACCGCCAAGUUGAAAGCUUUGACGACUGACUUAAAAAUGGCAAGCGCACAGCCACCGAACUUUUCCUGGGUGGUACCGAAGAUGCUGGCCGGGUUGGGUAUGCCCCGCAUGACCGCACACUAUCAGUUCCUCCUGGACAACGGCAUCCGGCACCUGGUCUGUCUGUGCGAGCGGAAGCCUCCUUACCACGACACCUGCCCAGACCUGAAGCUGCAUCACAUUAAAAUAGACGACUUCUGUGCGCCCAGCACGAAUCAGAUCAAGAGGUUCCUGUCCAUCGUGGAGGAGGCCAACGCCAAAGGAGAGGGGGUGGCCGUUCACUGCCUGCUGGGCUUCGGGAGGACGGGCACCAUGCUGGCCUGCUACCUGGUGAAGGAGAGGAAGAUCACCGGGGUCGACGCCAUCAACGAAAUCCGCAGGAUACGCCGCGGCUCCAUCGAGACACACGAGCAGGAGAAAGCCGUGGUGCAGUUUCACCAUCACAUCAAAUAACUCACGAACUGGCAAGAACUGUUCUUGGGGUGGGUGGGGGUGAAUGUUAAAACAGCACUGUUAAUAAAAUACUAUUUAUUUAUUCAUGUAUAGAUGUCAAGCCACUACCUGUACUGUAUCUACACAGUAAGGUAAUGAUUUUAACUUAAUAUCAUCUUAUUAUUAUACUUCAGUUGAUGUUUUAGAACAUGUGUCAGAUGUUGAUUUGAGAAGUCAGUUUUGCAGGAGGAAAAGAAGCAGAUGGAAUCCCUCGUUACAAAGGCAGUUUAUUAAAUAAAAAUAGGUUGCGAGUGAAAGACAGUAGAAAUAAGCUGCAGCGGGUUCUUUGUGCUCUCCAGCUGUAAUCACACAUAAAAAAAUCAAAUCAAAUCAAAUCAAAAGCUCUGGAGAGGUUCUGCCUCAGUGGACUCUCACGUUCCUGUGAAUCCAGGCACUCUUCCAUCUCUCCCGCUAAUGUCAUUGCUCUCAUUUCUUAGUUGCACAUAUAAUAUCUUCAUCAGAAAAAAAAACAGGCUACAUUUCGCAGCGUAAGGGAGUGGCAUUUGGCAAGACCAUAGCAUGGGCUUGGAUGGCUGGAUGAGGUCACUGUUCACAGCCUCUACUGUACAGAGCUGUGCUGUGUGCUUACCACUGAUCUACGGCACACUAAAGCUUAUGACAGGUGCUGGAGGCACAUAAACCUCACAACUCAUACACACACCAGCCUAUAUUCUCACUAUGCCUUUUGCCAUUAAUAUUUUUUUCUAUAUGCAGUUUGGUUACAAAUUGAAGGAUAACUGGAUAAGGAUUAGUGCCUUUCAGAAUCAGUAUCUAGUGCAGGAACUUGCGUUUGGUUUGUUAGUUAGCAUUAACUUUGCACGUAUUGCAACUGCUCUAAAACUACUGAAGCUGGUGUUCAGUGGAUUCCUGCGCAAGUACUGACACCAGGAAGCUACUCUCAUGAUUUGCAACAACUUCAUUCACUCAGUACAAUAAUUAAUCUCACACUCAAUUGGUAAUAAAGUGUGUGUGUGUGUGUGCUUGUACAACAGACAGUUGCUGCGAAUGUUGUUUGUAAAUAUAGUAGUUGGGUCAAUUGUAGCAUGUAUGCAUCUUGCUGUAGUGGGUCACUGUGCAUGUGUGUUCCGGCUCAACAGUGACAACAUUUCGGCAUAUCACAAUCUUAUGGCUGGUUCUAUACUGUUUUUGUAAUAGUUACAUCAACUGUAGUGUUAAAGUUAAUAAUCGUUCAGCGUUGGCUAGGUAGUUUAGGAAGUCUGCUAAUGUUAUGGGAAAAGACUGUAUGCAUAAGCAGAAAAGGGCUGGCAGUGCUUGAGCCUACAGAGGCGAUGACUAGAUGUGUCUGGGUUAAGAUGCUACACUCAGUCCAGGGUUAGAGAUCAGUGGCGCCCCUAGUGGUCAGCUCCAGCACAGCAGGACUCUCAGCAAAGCCAUUCAUUACACAGGUCUGAACCACCUCAUCCACACAAAACUCCAGGUUUUCCAGUUUGUACAAAAAACUUAAAUAACAUUAAUAAAAAUAAAGUUACAUAUCACACAUAGAUUUGCAAACAUACAGACCAUACAAUUUCUAUAUAUUGUUAAAAAAAAAAAAAACCAACAGGGGUACUUUUUUUUUUCCUAAGGCAGCAAAUGUUUUGGCACUCCACGCUACACAUCGGCGCGCAUUAAGAGGUCCAUACAGUACUGAUGUCACUUAGAAAGGACGACAUGGGAAAAGAACAAGGUUUAUUCUUUAUGUUGUUGGUAGCGGAAAAGGUGCACUCAGGAUGGCCUCAGUUUUGUUCUGUCAGGUUUAUAUCUGCCAGCAACCAGAACUCGAAGUCUUCCUUAACAACGUAAGCUUCCGGCUCCACCAGUCGGUGGUUAACCGGAAUGUUCCUUACACUGGGGCGCACGCUGUAAAAGUGUGCAGUCACAUACUUCUGAUCUGAGACAGUACAGUUAUGUUUGUAAUAACAGCUGUGGUUUAAAACCUUAGUGCUUAGCAUGUUUAAUCAAACCAAUCUUAUUGCACCACACAAGAGAAGAAGGGUGCGUUGCUACCCCUCAGCUAAAGUCACAACACUCGAAGAGUCUGUUUUUACCUCGAUGGAGUAUUUCAUAUUGUCUAACAUACUACUUUGCUAAUACGCAAAUCUGCGUAAUCGGCUAACUGCAACAUCCAAAAUGAUAAAAGUGGC